UUUUAGUUUGUCUUGUAACACCAACCCAUGCGCCAAUAAAUGUCAAAAUUCUUGUCCAUUUUUAUUCAAAAAACAUCUGGUUAUCUGGACACAAACCACACAUUUCUUGCGAUGUCUAAGAGAAGUGGUUUCCACAAAACUCCUAAAUUUAAGCCCGAAGUGAAGGUGAUGAAUGUUAGAGCACAACAAGCAAUAAACAUGUCAUACAGAAAGGAGAAAGUUGAAGUGUUACUUGAACCUAUCAAAUCGGAUGCUGAUAAAAAACUAUACAAGACUAUACGUCUGGAGAAUGGUCUGACUGCUCUACUGAUAUCAGACCCAAGCCGACCUUCCGCGGCCAACGAGACCAGCUCCAGUGAGGAGGAAAGCAGUGGUUCCGAUGAGACCACAGACCCUGAAAGUGAGAGUGGGAAAUCCACUCAGUCUGCAGCCAGUGACCAUCAUGGCUCAAAAAGACGCAGUGAAUUCGACGAAGAAAAACUGGGUUACAACAGACGAAAUUUGCUUAAAUUACUGAAGAACGCGUACGAGAGAAUAGCUAGAAAGAGAUGCAAGAUGUUAGUGCACGAGCUUUCACUCGAUACGGCGGCAUGCGCGCUAUGUGUCGGCGUGGGCAGCUACAGCGACCCGCCCGACAUACAGGGGCUAGCGCACUUCGUCGAACAUAUGGUCUUCAUGGGCAGUGAGAAGUAUCCCAAGGAGAAUGAAUUCGACUCUUUUAUUAAGAAAAAAGGCGGUUCGGACAACGCGUCCACAGACUGCGAGGUGACAACCUUCUACUUCGAGAUCCAGGAGAAGCAUCUGCCGAAGGCCAUGGACAUGUUCAGCCAGUUCUUCGUCAGCCCCCUCAUGAUGAAGGAAGCCAUGCAGAGGGAGAGGGAAGCUAUUGAGUCUGAAUUCGCGAUAGCCUCCCCAUCGGACUCGAACCGCAAGGAUCAGCUGCUCUCCAGCCUGUUCCCCGAGGGCCACCCCGCCCGCACCUUCACUUGGGGCAACAUCCGGAGCCUAAAGGACGACAUCGAUGAUGACGAGCGACUCCACAAGGCGGCGCACUCGUUCCGCAAGAGACACUACAGCGCGCAUCGGAUGACUGUAGCUGUACAGGCGCGUAUGGACCUGUCUUCACUAGAACAGUACGUGGUGAACACGUUCGGCCACAUAUCGUCGAACAAGCUUCCGUCGGAGGACUUCAGUCCUUACUCCUUCAAACCCGACACGGUCACGCCGGAGUUCAGAAGCAUAUACUAUGUGAAACCAGUCGGUGAUACCACUGAGGUACAUUUAACGUGGUGUAUGCGCUCGUUGCUUUCGGAGUACGAGUCGAAGCCGCACCAGUACAUAUCCUACCUGCUGGGGCACGAGGGCAAAGGCAGUCUCCUGUCAUAUCUCAGGAAAAAAGUAUGGGCACUUGGUAUCUACACUGGCAACUCCGAGAGCGGCAUAGACUACACAUCAAUGUACAGUUUAUUUUCCACACAAGUUGUACUUACCAAAGACGGAUUGGAUCACAUCGACGAGGUACUGGAAGCAAUAUUCUCAUACAUUAGCAUGCUGAGAAAGAUUGGACCUUCGGAGAGAGUAUACGAGGAAAUAAAGACAAUAGAGGAGACGAGUUUCCGCUUCGAGGAGGAGUCUCAGCCCGCAGAAUACGUGGAGACCUUAGCAGAGAACAUGCACUUCUAUCCACCGCAACACUACAUCACCGGCGACAGGCUGUACUAUAAGUAUGAUCCUAAGGGUAUAAGAGAGUUACUGGAUUGCAUGCGCGCGGACUCCGUGAACAUCAUGAUCCUGUCCAACAAGCACUCCGAGCCCAUCUCGUACGACUCCAAGGAGAAGUGGUUCGGAACCGAGUACAAGAAAAUGGAAAUCCCUAGCAAAUGGCUAGACCGUUGGCUCAACGUGCAACCGUUCUCUCACUUCCGUCUCCCAGACAAGAACAUUUACAUAACGACAGACUUCACGCUUGUCCCGCCGGACCCGGCCUACGUGGACGCCGCCCAGGAGCUGGGCGUGGACCUCAAGAACAGCUCCAUCAAAGACAUACACAAGAAGGUCGAAGUCAGUAAUAGAAAGACGAAGACGUUGAGUCACGGAGAUUUGAUCGCUACUGUUAAUAACUUUAGGCUCGACCAACCUAACCUGAUCCGCAAGAACCGUCACAUGGAGCUUUGGUACAAACCGGACUUCAAGUUCCGCUUCCCCACCGCGCUGCUGUACUUCUACUUCAUCACACCACUCAGCCUCAAGUCGCCCAGAGAUUCAUGUCUUCUCGAUCUUUGGACAGACGUGUUACAACAGGGUCUUAAAGAAGAAGUAUACCCAGCGAAUAUGGCGGACCUAUCUCACUCGUUAUACGUCGGCGAUAAAGGACUCACUAUGAAAGUUACGGGAUAUAGUCAAAACUUACAUUUGCUAGUGGAGCUGAUAACUCGUGAGAUGCGCACGUCGACGCAGAACCUGACGGGCGCCAUGUUCGAGGCGGUGCGGGAGGUGCGCGCGAGGACCUACCACAACGUGCUCAUCAAACCGCAUAAACUGGCCAAAGACGUCCGCAUGAACCUCCUGCUGAACCCCUACGUGUCGCCGCGGGAGAAGGCCUCCAUCAUACACAACAUCACGCUCACAGAACUCAAACAGUUCAGCGACAGGCUGCUGAGCAAGAUGUACUGUCAGAUACUGAUGCAAGGCAACAUCGCGUGGCACAACGCUGUCAGGAUAUCUGAAAACGUUCUCAAGAAUAUCAAAUGGGAAGGUCUCACGGAGGAGGAAAUGCCAGAGGUGCAAGUCCACCAGCUGCCCCUGGGCGAGCGCAAGAUCCGCGUGCUGAGCCUGAACGAGGCGUCCACCAACAGCAUCAUCACCAACUACUACCAGGGCGAGGCCACCAACCCGCGCGACACCGCCACGCUCGAAGUGCUCAUGUUGCUGAUGGAGGAGCCGGUGUUCGACAGCCUGCGCACGAAGGAGCAGCUCGGCUACAGCGUGUUCAGCAUGAUGCGGUACACCUUCGGAGUGCUCGGCUUCUCCGUCACCGUCAACACGCAGGUCGACAAGUUUAGCGUGUCGUACGUGGACACGCGCGUGGAGGCCUUCCUGAAGAAGUUCGCUCGCGACAUGAAGCGGCUCACGGAUAAGGCGCUGCAGGCCACCAAACACUCGCUCGUGCAACUCAAACACACCACCGACUACGAGCUUAAAGAGGAGGUCGAGAGGAAUUGGAGGGAAAUUGUAAGCAGGGAGUACGAGUUCCACAGAUUAUUUAUGGAAGCCGACGCUAUCGAGAAGAUUAAGUUGGCAGACAUCAAGAGCUGGGUCGAAAACCACUUCUCUACCGGUAACAAGUCGCAGUUCAGGAAACUCUCUAUACAGGUAAUGGGUCACAAAGCCAACAAGAGCAACGUAACGGCGGACACGGACAUCCAACCAAAACAUUACGACUUGACGUACCUAGACGCGAGCGAGCCCAUCGGCGACACCGCCGAGAACAACGCGGACUUCAUCAAGGACAUCCGGAACUUCACAAGCGACCUGUCCAUCAUACCCAUACCGAAAGUAGACCUCGGGCUAUGUUAAAGUGAAAUAACGCCUAUUACAAUGCAGUAAGGUCCAUUUUUACAUGUUAUAUACCGAGCUAAACCGUUGUACGAUCUUCAGUUAAGUGAAACAACAGAUCUGUUGAGUAAUUGUGGUAAUUGUAGGCCUAUUACAAUGCUUUAAGGUCGAUUUUUGCAUGCCAUUUUCCACUUUAAACCGUUGUACGAUCUUAAGUGAAGUGAAACAAUGCCUAAGACAAUGCAUUAUGGUCCAUUUUUGCAUGCUUUUACCGCGUUAUCCGUUGUAUGAUCUUAAGUGAUACAAAAACACUUAUAACAAUGCAUUAAGUUCGAUUUUCGCAUGCUAUUUGCCACGAUAAACCGUGGUACGAUUUUAAGUAUUGUCGUUCUUUGCUUGCUUAUCACUCUUAAACGGUAACACGCAUAUCAUUAUGUUAUUGUGUCCUUCAGAUGCUUUCCAUGUUUCCUGUUAAAUUCUGUUCUAUUUCCAUUGAUUUAAGGUAUAAAUUUCUUUGUUCUCUAAUACUAUUUCGACACGCAUAAUACAGAAAUAGUCAGUGAUAUGUAAUAAGUUGUUUGAUUGUAACUAACUUUUAUUUUCUAGUUUAAUUUUCUAACACUUUGUGAUAAUAUAAUGAUAUGUGUGUGGGUAACGUGGUUUCGAGUAUAUUUCAUUUCACUGGACAGAUCAUAAGCUUGCGCUUAUAUCGUAGCCCGGACUAUCACAGGUCGCAAUUGUUACAAGAAAAUCGUUAUUCACUAUGAGACUUGAAAGAAAUGUUGGCGUUGAGGAAACGAAACGACACUACAUUCUGUCUCGCUUGCACAAUGCCAACAUCCCUUUCUUACAAACUCAUAGUAGAUACCUUUAACGGAUGUAUUAAAAUGAAAAAAAUGCGUCUAAUAUAAGGUAUUUCCUCUUCAAAA